AGCUCGAGUAUUCAACAGAUUGUCGUGAACACUGAAAGCAAGAAUAUAAGCACUCAAGUUACUAAUACAAAAUUUUAUUUAAAAUAAAUAUUUAAUAACAAAAAGUAUAAUACAAAUUUUCCGAAAAUGUCUGCGAAAAAUGUGAAUUCAUUGGUCGGCGCCACCACCCGCUACAUCGCUGGCCGAAAUGCAAUGCAGACAGUCUAUUGGCGCACACUGCCCGGAAGCGAUGGACGCAUGGUGAAGAUACACAAAAAUUGCGAAUUCGAUAAAGUACAGAACCUGCCCGCCAAAAUUCGUUUGCAAUGUUACAAUAAAAACUACUGGACGCCAAUGGAGCAGACACAUUGAUCUCGAGCCUGCAAAGCGGAUUUUUAGACUAGUGAAUUUUUUUGUAUAAGAUGUGUGUGCUUGUGUUUAUUGUAUUAGUUAUUAAUGUCGCAACUCAAUUAGUUGUUUAGUGAAUUAUUAAAUUAUUAAACUUGA